GGUCCGGUGUUUUUUGAGUGUUAAGCGUGCGAUAAACGAUUUGUUCGUCAAAUUUACGAAGUUCAAUUGCUGUAUCAUCAGUUUUAUAACUAUGUUCAAUAGCAGGUUUCACAAUAUUGUUCGUAAUAAUACAUGUAUGAAGACGAGAGUGACAAUUUUGAGAAAAAUAAUUAAUACAACGCCAAUAUGUUUUUUCAUUCGUAGUGCGAUCUUUUAUAUAUGAGAAACCAUCUAUAUCCAAACGUGCUUUUUGUUUUGUAGUACCGUUAAUUGAUAUUGUAGCCAUUUUGAGCAAGUAAGAAGUUUUGAUAAUAACAGAAAUGUUCCUUCAUUUAUUUAUACUACUUCUAUGUAGCGUUAUCGAGACCGAUCCACUUAUAAUCCCAUUAGUAGAGUGUUAACUUAAUUUCAAUACUUAUCUGUGAAUCUCGUAAUUAGCUUUAUAUUUUUAGACAUAAUCUAUACAUAAUUCUUUACAGAGUUUAUAAACAAUCAUUUGCUUUAUAUUGUUCUUGGCAUUUUGCAAGAAUCACAAUUUUGACUUAUGCUCCCAAAUUGUGAAAUAUUAAUACUUUCGCUGAUCAUUCCUCGUGCUGAUCUUUCCCGUGCUGAAAUUUCCUUGUGCUCAACUUUCAUCCUACCCCGCCAACAGAACUCCGACUUUUCCACGAAUUUUUGUAAAUAGAUGUUAAAAAAACUAAACUUGGGAAAAUUAACAAAACAACGCGUAUUACUGAACGCACCACACACCACACACUGCCAGAAAUACCUAAAUUUGUAUUAUGAAAAAUUCGCGAAAGAGUCGGUUCGCGGAAGUGUCGUGUCACGGUUCUCACUAAUUGUAAAUAAUAAAACUGUAUCUAACUCUAGUUAGUGGUCACAGAGCUAAAGACGUGCUCUGUUGCGCCUCAAUGCUUAAUAUUUGUACACGCCUACACAGUGGGCAUUAAGGCGGAAAUUUGAGCAGAAAUCGAUAAGUGACCUUUUUAAAUUCGAACAAUAGUAAAUGUAGUCCUUGUGUAUAUAAUGAUCGACUAGUAAUGAACUCCUUCAGUGAGUAAGUUAACUUACGAACAUUCACAAAAAACACUGUCAAAUAUGACACAUUUGCAAAGAUUCUUAUUUCUACGUACAGACGUGCAAUAUUACCCUAUCCAAAGCACAUAUUCGGAAUCAGUACAACCUAUUGCAUCUCCUGAUAAUAGAAGGUACUCCUUUUGCAUCUUGUACCAAACGAAAAUGGUCUAGUAGUUUAGAUUACUACGGUCCGACAUGAGACAACCUCAGUGUGGUGACAGCGCUAAAAAGCGCUAAGCCUGAAGAGACCUGCUAAUUACAUGAAAAUGUUCCUCAACCUAUCGUGUAUUUAUGAUGUUCUCGUCUUUUCUCGUCUUUUUUUCUAAGUCGAGUUAUUGAUUUUGCAAAAACUCAUAGGGUUUUCGAGGAUACUCACGUUUAUCUCCCCCAUAAGAGCACUUUUUCCAUAACAUAAAGUCAUAUUCGGAAUCACCGUGAAAAACUACGUCGAAUGAUAUAUAACUUUUUAAUUUUUCUGCAGAAAUAUUUUCGGUCAAACUGAAUUAUACAGUUGAAAGCCUGUCCGCAGCAAAUUUUGCUUAGGAAGUUGGAUAUUUAUUUUAGCAAUAGCACGCAAGUGUAUAAACACAUUUUUUAUAGGUUUUCGAAUAUGAUCUCUCCAAUAGUGAGGUUUUCGAAAUGUAAAAAUAUUUUUUAUGGGUUUUCCAGAGAUCCGGUCUCUAGAAAACCCCCAAGGAAUUACUUCUGAGUUCUGAAAAUCUCAUUAUUGGAAAGAGCAUAUUCGAAAACCAAUAGAAAAACAUGUUUAUAGGCUUUCAUACCAGUUCUACAGCAUAUGUCCGCCUGCUCUAUAGAAAAAUACCCACUGCGGCCUGUUGUGGUGUCUAGCAUAUUUGAUUUGUACAUCAGUUUUUAAUAAGUUCAUGGAAGAACUUUUCCAUACUUCAUUCUGCCUUCCACCACUUGUUAAAGUUGACAAUGAGCAAGCUUUUGGUAAAAUGUUGGAUGAAACUUUAAAAAAUGAAGAUGUUAUUUGUUUUGAUUGUGAAAUAAGCGGCCGGUUCAUCUUAGAGGAUUACCUUUGACGUAACUUUUUUAUAUGUUUUUUUUUAGCGGGAUUCAAACUGUUCUAAUCCAACAACAGCCGUGAUACAAAUUUCAACUGAAUCAAAAUAUUUUCUGUUAUAUAACAACAGUAUUGAUCGAACAGUUGUAUCCUCAUUAAAUGAAAUUAUGCAUAACCCCACAAUAUUGAAAAUUAUACGCGAUGUAACACAAGAUGCUAUAUAUUUACCGGAGGAAUAUGCAUUAGAGUUCUGUAAUAUGUUCGAUACGGACACUGCUAGUGAACUACUGGAACUACCAACUACUGUUACCCUGCCAGGCAGAAAGUAG